ACGGCCCGUUUCAUUCUGUUCAUUUGUCACUUCCCAGUGUGCUCUCCUGUGGGAUUUCACCCCGUCGUUCAUAAAAGUUGUGUGAAGACAGUCGGGGCAGAGGGCUCAGUGAGUGUGGGAGCAGGAUCCCGGAGAUUCUGGGUGAGUUCCCGAGGUGGCCUGGGAUCGGCCCCGGAGCCUGGGACCGGUGGUGCUUGUGAAGGCGCAACUUCUGAUCGUAACUGGAGCCCUGACUCCGAGCCAAACACGGGCCUGAGAGGGGAGAAAAAGUCCAAGCGACCCUACAUAGACCUAGAGGACAUUUAUCAGACAGGUCAAGAGGCUGCACCCUUACCUGUGUCUGAGCCUGCCCACAACUCCAUCCUGGCGACCUCAUGUGGGUGAAGAGGAUGCUUAUCCAAAGCCAGAGGACAACAUAGAAAGGCCCAUAUCCUGUGAUCCUUAUCACUUCUACAUCAGUGAAGGUUGCCACUGUCACCCUGUGUACCCAUCACACCCAGCUGGAGGAGACUACAAAAGAUAACAGAGAUGAGUUGUCACCAGGUCCUCCAUCCUUCCAAAAACAAGACUAACAUGGACCUGAUCAUCAUAGAUCCUUUAACGUUCAAGGACGUGGCUAUAGACUUUUCCCAGGAGGAGUGGGAAUGCCUGAACUCUGCUCAGAGGACUUUGUACUGGGUUGUCAUGUUGGAGAAUUAUAGCAACCUGGUCUCUGUGGGCCUUCCUAUAUCAAAACCAGAACUAGUCGUCUGUCUUGAACAAAACAAAGAAUCCUCAAUUACAGGCAUAGAGGAGGCAAAAGGCAUAGAAUCAGCCCUGUUGUGCUUUCAUAACAAGGAGCUGUUCAAAACAGAGAACAAACAAGAAUUUGUCAAGAGAGAAGGAUCAGGACAAUUUGAAAGUAAUAACCUCAGAAAGUUACAUGUAAGGAAAUUCUGGGAAUGUACAGGUGACAAUGAAGAGCAUGAAUUAUGUGUUGAUGGAUAUGAUCUUUAUGCAACACUCACUGCUGACAUUCCUAACAGAGGAGAUCGAGAAACUUCACCUUCUCCUGACAUGGCUCACCCUGGGCCACUUUCACAUUCUCAGUGGGAGCCUCUUCUAGGAAAAAGUUCACAUCAGUUUUUGAAACAUUACUUUACUCUACAGAGAAAUGUGAAUACACUGGGAAGUGACAUAUGUGGUUGUAGAUCAGAAUGUUUGAGAUAUUUUUUACAUAGUAUGGGAAUAAGCAGUACUUCAACACUUUGUGAGGAAAAGAGAGUUAAUAAUACAGAAAAACACAUACAGUGUUUUCAGUGUGAAAAAUGUUUGACUCCAAAUUCUUUACAACUUCCUUAGCAAUUAAAUCUACUUUAUGACAAGUUCUGCUAUUUAGAUCAACAUAAGAAUGUGUCUUUGAAUCCAGCGAGGCUUGAAUGUCAGUUUACAGGAAUUACUUACCAAGGUAAUGACUCAUGGGCCAAGUAUAAUCAUCAUGUAACUCCUAAUGAUGGUCACAUAAGUAAUUGUUUUCUGGAGAAUUGUUACAAAAAUGGUAGAUGUAUGGAUGUCUCUGGUCAGUGCACACUAUGUCCUUUCCACCAGCAGGACCAAAGCCAAGAGAAUUUACCCAAAAAUAAGCAGCAGGAUGAAAUUUUAAAGGGGUCAUCAAAUUGUCCUUGUACUAAAACUAGGAUUACAAAAGAAUUUUACAGACACGAAUGUGAUAAGUGCAGUAAAGUCUCAGUGGAAUCAUCUAACAUAGAGAAGGAUAAUAUAAAUGAUAUUAGAAGAAAACCAUGCCUGUUUAUUGGAAGUAAUAAUUCCUUCAAUUUCCAUUUAAAUGUUCAAAAUGAGUCAAUCCAUACUGGAGAAAAACCUCAGAAAUAUAAAGUAUACAGACCAGAGUUUACCCCUCCUUCAAAUUUUACAGGGCCUUCAAGAUUCUUAGUUGGUCAAAAAUAUAAGAAAUCUGGGAAAUGCUCCAGAUCUUCAGUCCUCAGUAUUAAGAUGCUUCCUAGUGGAGAAAAAGCAUGCAAAUUUACAGAAUGUGGAAAGUCCUUUUCCCAGUUCUCAGGCCUUAGAAAGCAUUAUACAAACCAUACUGAGGAGAAACGUUACAAAUGUAAAGUAUGUGAAAGGACUUUUUGC